ACCUACCACGUCUGCCCCCGCCGCUCUCGCUCGGCGCCCCAGCCAGAUCGCGGCGCCUCAGCCUCCCAGCUAGGUUAGCCGGCGGCUCCGCCCGGCUACCGCCCAGGAUGAACAUCAUGGAUUUUAACGUGAAGAAACUGGCGGCCGACGCGGGCACCUUCCUCAGUCGUGCCGUCCAGUUCACAGAAGAAAAGCUUGGCCAGGCAGAGAAGACAGAAUUGGAUGCUCACUUAGAGAACCUCCUUAGCAAAGCUGAAUGUACCAAAAUAUGGACAGAAAAAAUAAUGAAACAAACUGAAGUGUUGUUGCAGCCAAAUCCAAAUGCCAGGAUAGAAGAAUUUGUUUAUGAGAAACUGGAUAGAAAAGCUCCAAGUCGUAUAAACAACCCAGAACUUUUGGGACAAUAUAUGAUUGAUGCAGGGACUGAGUUUGGCCCAGGAACAGCUUAUGGUAAUGCCCUUAUUAAAUGUGGAGAAACGCAAAAACGAAUUGGAACAGCAGACAGAGAACUGAUUCAAACAUCAGCCUUAAAUUUUCUCACUCCUUUAAGAAAUUUUAUAGAAGGAGAUUACAAAACAAUUGCUAAAGAAAGGAAACUGUUACAAAAUAAGAGACUGGAUUUGGAUGCUGCAAAAACCAGACUGAAAAAGGCAAAAACUGCAGACACUAGAGCUUCACAACUAAACUCAACUCGCCUUGAAGGAGAUAACAUUAUGGUAAAUUUCUCUUACAUGCUCAACUUCCUGCAUGUAAAAUGGCUGAAGUCUGAACAGGAAUUAAGAAUAACUCAAAGUGAGUUUGAUCGCCAAGCAGAGAUUACCAGACUUCUGCUAGAGGGAAUCAGCAGUACACAUGCCCAUCACCUUCGCUGUCUGAAUGACUUUGUAGAAGCCCAGCUGACUUACUAUGCACAAUGUUAUCAGUACAUGUUAGACCUCCAGAAACAACUGGGAAGUUUUCCAUCUAAUUAUCUUUGUAACAACAAUCAAUCUUCAAUACCACCUUUACCACCUGCUUCAUCAAAUGUGGUUGGCCCUUCUGCCGUGGCUUCAACAAGUGCUCUAGUAGUUACCUCUCCUUCCAACCUCAGUGACCUUAAGGAGUGUACUGGCAACAGGAAAGCCAGGGUUCUCUAUGAUUAUGAUGCUGCAAACAGUAGUGAAUUAUCGCUUCUGGCAGAUGAGGUGAUUACUGUGUUCAGCGUCGUCGGAAUGGAUUCAGACUGGCUAAUGGGGGAAAGGGGAAAUCAGAAGGGCAAAGUGCCAAUUACCUACUUAGAACUGCUCAAUUAAAUAGGUGGACUGUGGAAAGAUGGCCCGUCAUGACACCAUAUUUAUAUACAAUUAACUCUAAGUAAAGCAAGUUUAAGUAUCUUCCAUGUUAAUGUCUUAAGAGACUAAAAAGAAAAUACCAGCCACAGAAACCAAUCUUUCUGCCAAUAAAGUUGCAUGGUAAAUAUUUCAUUACAAAGUUUAUGUUAGAGCUUCAUGCCAAGAAUGUUUUCUUACAAAAUUCUCUUUCUGCUGAGGUCUCACUAACAACUUCUACUUUGGAGCCCCAACUUAAAGCAGAAGAACUGUUUUCUACUGAAUUUUUCAUUAAUGGCAAGCUUUUUCUUUUAUGUAAAUAAAUUUAUUAUGAAUUGAUAUCAGCGACUCAUUUAUUAUGUAUAAUAGCCAAAUAAUAAAAUUUGUUUUUAAAUUUUUGGUUUAAAAACUCUAGGAUCUAUUGUCAAGAAUACAAUGCUUCUGAAUGCUUCCAGAAAGAGAAACACAGUUAUACCACGUUUACCUUGUUUUCCAACAGAAAUUGAAUGAUUUCAAUGCUAUGUUUUGAUAGGUUAUUUUGGGGGGUUUUUUGUCUUUCUUUUUUUAAAAGCAUUACCUAAUGGCUUGUUUUAAAUUUAAGAACAACUAGUCCUUGAAAAGCAUUACCAUUUUUAUAUAUACUCUGGUAUAUUUGUAGUUAAGAUUCUAAAACAUCUGGGACAAAUUUAAUUCACUAAAUCAGUGUUUUAAAGAUUGCUCAUUUGGCACAAUUUAAUGCAUAAUCAGAACUGGAUCUGUUAAGAACAUACUGCAGUACAGUAAAGAGGAUUUGUUCUUAUUAAACAACAAAUCCCUAUAAAAUAUAUGAAUUUAGUGCAACUGCAUUCAUUAUAGAGUAAACUUACGUACAAACAGAGUAAACUUUUAGUUACUCUGAGCCUACUAAUUUUUGAAAAUUUAUUAAUGAACUUAGAUUAUCUUGGUUAGGUUCUCUGUUUAUUAAACACAUAAUGAUGAAAUGAUUAAUGGUACUUAUGGCAACAGAGAAUUGCUGUGAAUUGGCAGAUUGUGUUCCUGUUAGGACUUCUCUCAUUCAUUCAUUCAUUCAUUCAGCAUUUGUUGAGAGCCCUCUCUAUGCGAGACGCGAUACUGAUGCACUGGGGGUGCUAAACCUGAAUAAGAUGCACACAGUCCUUGCCCCUGCAGAGCUUAAAAACCAGUGGAGGAUACAGAGAAAGAAACAGGCAGUUGUUAUAUAUAGCAUGAUCGGUGUUACAAUUCAAGAAAUACAGAGUACUGUUCUGGGGAGCAUAUAGGAGAGUCACCUAACCGAGACUUGAGGGUUAGGGAAGUCAAGGGUGGUUUGGGCAUGAAUGUUCAAGGCAGAGGGAACAAGAUGUGCCAGGCCUGGAGCCAACAGAGCAUAGCACAUUCUGUCAGCUAAAAGUUCAGUCUGACUUAAGCAUGCAAGUGCAAAGGUGUAGUUCCUUUCUUUAGGGAAUGCUAAUGUAUCUCUUUUUUUGGUAUUUUAAAAAAUGAAUACUUAAACACCAUUUUAAGAUACCCUUUUGUGUUAAGAGCUUGGUGAACAUGUUGAUAGUUUAUAACCCGACCUUGUUACGAUUUUAUUUCUAUACUAUGAAAUUAAAUUCUUCUGCAUUUUUUCUCAGUGUAGUUGUGCAAGACCCUUAGACUCAGGCUGAUAAGUUUCAUACUCUUAAAGAAUCCGAGAAAUCUGCUCAAGCUGGUUAAUAUAUAGAUCCCAGUGAAUAAAGCUUCCCCCUCCCCCCUAGAAAGGAAGUUCUACAGCCUUGAAUACUAUCUAAGUCCAGAUUUAGGCUUUGAAAGAUAUCAAAAAUUCAAGUCAAUUUAAACACCAGUUAUAAAUUAGGUUUGUGGUAAGUAGAGUGGUAAAGGGGAAGGAAUAUAGGUAAUGUAGUGAAAUGGUCCUGGGUUCAAAUCCAGUUUUCCUCACAUACCUUCAGCUCAGAAGUCAUGUAAAAUGGGGAUAAUUAUGCCACCUUGGGGUUGUGAAGACUGUAACAAAUGUUACCUUGUAUGUUAGGUACUUUUUAGGAAGGGCUUGGCACAGAGUAGACAUUCUGUAAAUAUCAGUUUCCCCUUGUUACCCUCUGUAGCUUCCUGAGCUACCCAAACUGUGGACCUUGUUUACAACUGUAUAUGAGAAACCUCUUUUAUAUCUAUGCUCUGUUCUACUUCCCAUUAACCCCAUUCUUCACCUUCUUUAAACAGACCCAGAGCUAGGUUUAACCUCAGCGCAGUCAGUAUAAGUUCUUCAUCAGAUUCUUGCGCUUUCCAUCAAGUAGAUGUGGAUUGUAGUAACCCAGUACUGUUCAGAAGCCUUCAAUAACGUUAAAGAGUUCAAAGGCUCCUUGGGGUUGUUGACCCAAGUCCACCACAGUAUGUGGGCGUGUUUUUCCGUUUACUGCUUUGUGUUUUAGUAGGUGUUAGUUGUUUGGGGUUUUUUUGUUUGUUUUGGUUUGGCUGAUUUUUAAAGUCAUAGGUUUAGUUUUUACUCAGGUAAAGGCCCAUUAAGGCUCUUAUUUGGGAAGCCUAUUUAUUCAUAGUGUAAUUCGGAAUUAUUUAAGCGGUGUCUCCUGAGUUUAAAGGUAUAGUAACAUGGGAAAGAUGUACAUAUGAAUGAAAUAAUAAACUUGAAAAUAACUGUAGGCUCAAGGAGAAAAAAAGUGAUUAUAUCUGCCUUUGUCCUCUAAUGUGAAAGGCCUGGUGUUAAAUCUUUCUUUUUUGGUGCUAAUCAGAAAAAUCCAUAUUGCAGGAGAUUAGGUCCUGAAAAUGGGAAUGUGCCUCACUCUGGGUAAUGGGAAAUAAGAAACUUGAGGCUAGGGUCACCAUUGGGUUAGAGCCAAUCCUCAUAGUCUGCCAUUGUCUACCAGAACAGAGGAGCGGAAUAAAGCUGGAGAUAAACUAUGGAGUGGAGAAGAUGAUAGAGGCAGGACGAGAAAUAACUGAGACUUUACCCAGAGAGAACCAGGUUACCGCCCUGUUUUUUGAUAGGAUUCCUUAAAAAUACCGGAACGUCCCAUAUGCCUGAAAUUUUGAAAUAACGUUGCCCUAGUAUAUAGCACUUCAAGCCUAGGUAGAGUCAUAAUGGACAGAUGGCUUCGCAAUUUGGUCUAAAGCCAGCUUUGCCACAACACCUCUAGAUGAGUAAGUGGCUCUUACCUCAUGGUUAGAUUAAAAGGGGUGGGGUGAGAGGGACUACCUCAACCACACCUGCCCUUUCUGACCCAUCCUAAUUAGAGAGCCUGCCUAGUUAGAGCAAUGGUUCUCAGUGUGGUCUCCAGACCAUCAAUAUCAGUGUCACCUGGGAACUUGAUAAAAACGCUAAUUCCUAUUUCCCAGGACUUUAUUUGUACUUGUUUUUUGUCUUCAAGGGCCUAUAGACCUAGUUCUUCUCUAAUAGCUUUUCAGCUUUUUUAAGACAAAAAUCAUGUCUUUUCAUCUUUACUGUGUCCUGCAACUAAUCAUGAUUGUAGUUACAUAAUUAUUUUUAUAAUUUAUUUAGUAUUUAUCCACCACUCUAAAAUGUAGUUUCCCUGAGGUGGGAACUAUGGCUCUUGAUCACAAAUUUCAACUCUUAGCCCAAGGCCUAGCACAUAGUAUGUAUUCAGUAUUUGUUGAAUGAAAGAAAAAAUGCAAAUUCCCAGGCCUUACCUGCGACCUACUGAAUGAAAGUUUGGGGCUGGGCUCAGCAGUGCGCAGCUUGUUUUAAUAAGCCUUGGAGGUGAUUCUACUGCACUCUAAAGUUUGAGAACCUCUACAGUAGAACAAUGGAAACCUGCCUUUCAUCUUCAGGCCUAUUUGACAUAACUUGAAAAAUUCUUCCUGCCUUUUGUAACCGUCACCAACAAUGCUGCUCUCAAGUGUAAAGGAACCUUGCUUGGCAGUGUUACAAAUGGGUAUGAAGGUAUACAGGAUACACUUAGUGUAAGGGAAAUACUGCUUAGAAUUCCAGUACUUGGUUGCUAUGGAGGGUUUCUAGAAAUGGAUCCCUUAAACUGAAGAAAGGUAAGCGCUGCCACCACCCACAUUUCCACUCAGCACAGUGCCUUUUAACUGGUGACAAUUUAACAUCAAAGCACCCUGACAAAACCACGAAGCUGUUUCAGACUAACAUGUGCAUCCCUGUGUCUCUUAGGUUGUUAAGCUCAGUUCACUGCUACUUCAAAGGAGACUUUUUAAACACCAUUAAUACUUUUUUAUAAAAUGUCAUAGACAUGUUGGUUAAAAAAAAAAAUCAUAGUUUAAAAAAAUCAAAAUCACCUAUAAUCCCACCAUCCAGGGAGAAUUAUUUAGGUGCAUAGCUUUCCAGACUUCUUCUGUGCAUAUAUAAUUUUUUUGUUUACAUGGGAUCAAAUUGUAUAUACUAUUUUGUAACCUUUUUCACUCAACAAUACCAUGAUUAUGUCACCAUGUCAAAUAUAUUUCUAAUAUUUUUUAAUGGCUACAUGAUAUUCCAUCAUAUGUGCCACAUUUUAUUAAACCGUUGAAUUUUUAGGUUUCCAGUUUUUCACUAAUAAACACUUUAAAGAACACUGUGUUGGUAAAUAUUUUAAAUAUUCUUAAUUAUUUCCUUAAGAUGAAUACUUUGAAGUGGAAUUGCUACUGGAGAGGGUAUGCCAGUUUUUAAAAGCUUUUGUUACUUACUGUCAUGUUGUUCCCUAGAAAAGUUUUCUGAAUUUACAUUUUUAUCAGCAGUAUAUAAAAGAAUACCGUUUAUUCUUGGAGGACUUCCAACUGAAUGUUCUUGGAGUCUUCAGCUUAAAAGUAAAGAAAAAGAGGAAAAUAAAAAGACCUUGCAAAAUUAAAACAAAAAUCAGUCUUAAAUUAUUCAGACAUAACAUCAUUGACUGUUCUCCUUUGUGUCAUAUGUUAAGUGAUACUUUGGGAUGGUUUGUACUACCAGCUUGUCCCUUCUUUCCAAUCUCCUGGAAGCACUAUCACCUUUCUGACUUAUGCUAAAAUGGUAGGAAAACAAUUUUAUGUAGGUUGGAAUCUCAUGGUAGUUUUGAUGCAGGCUUACCUUUGAUGGUUUUAGGGAAUGUGGCCAUAGUGGGAAAAGUAGGGCCUU